AAUUUUUUUGGCAGUUUGUGGUAGCAACAAGAAGGCGAUUUCUUCAGCUAUUUUUCUUCCACAACUGUUAAAUUAGCAAAAAAGUAGGUUUAUUGCUGUGAAAAAAUUGCUUGGAGCUUUGAAUUUAUUCAGUAACAAGUGAACACGCCUUCGGCAGGGAAGCUGAACCAGAAAAGUAAACGUUAAAAAUACUAAGUGGCCUAAGUUAUAACACAGGUGUAUAAAAUUAAGACGUUAAAACGGCAGCCAAUUGGUGUAAAAACGAAGCACUGGAAUUAUAACGCCACUUCAUGAACGCGGAGGAAGAUAAGCAAAAAGCCAUUGGCGAAGAGACCUCGAGAAUUAAUGAAGAUUCGCCAUCUGCUAGUAAUAACGCAUCUACACAUUCAGCCAGCAAUAAUCAGCAAACGUACGAGCAGCAGCAACAACCAUUGCAGUCGCUGCAAUCGACACGCACCACCAACCCAGAUAUGAAACGAUCCGCCGUUAAGGAACUAAUAGAGCGUUAUUUUUAUCAACUACAGCGUGGUUGUGGUAAUCCGAAAUGCUCGAACGAGAAUUGUGCAUCCAGUGGCCAGGUUGCGCCAAUGAACCCCAACGAAAUAGCCGCCCGCGCUAUUCAACUCUUCUCACAGGAUGCAAAACUAUGCGACUAUAGUCAACCACCGAAGGUGCCGCGCACCCAGAAUGACUCACCGUCGAGUUCACAUUCAGCGAGUUCAGCGGCCACGACACCAAGCAUACAAGACUCCGACAUGCCCUCGCCUAAUGAUAGUAGCACGAGCAGCACAAGUAGCUCUACUAGCACUAGCAGCAGCAGCGGUAAUAGCACCAUAACUUCUGGCAGUGCCAGUGGUAGUGUGCACAGUCAUGCCAGUCAGCACAGCAAUAUAAGCAGUUCUGUCGGUGCCGGCCUAACUAGCGCAGGCGGUGGGGGUGGUACGGGUGGCGGCGGCGGUGGAGAUGCCGAUGUAGCUGCCACUUCCUCAUCUUCAUUAAUAUCACAUAGUCGCCCUAAUUCAAACAGAAGCUUGGAAAACACUAGGGACCGUUCAGCAGCAGCUGCUGACAUGUGCCAACUGGAAAUUCUGUGCAACGCAGCAGAAGCAGCGGAAAUGGCAGUGGAUAACAGUAAUUUGCAGACAGCUCAAACGGGCAUACCUGUAGAAGGGGGACCAGCAGCCCGUACUGCCUCUGGGCCACCAACGCCCACUUUCGCACCAGUCCCUUACCUCAAUGAGGCCUUGCUCGAUGAAUUGUUGGAUGAAUGCGUUAAGUUUAAUACAUACGAUCGACUAUUACAUGCCAUAAACGAAGUUUACCCGCAUGUCGAACGGUUGAGUAAAAGCUUUCGUAGGCCAGUUUUCGCAGGUGUACACUCAACUCAAUUGACUUCGAGUGCUACAGCUUCAAAGCUGCAAGAAUUGCUUGGUAAGUCACCAAGCGAUCUAAAAAAAGAAGAUCUGCGUACUCUAGAAGGGGAAACUGACAAAGAUGAAGACAGUACUUGCGUAUCGGCCGAGGACAAUACGCCAAACAGAGACCAACAGCCGACGCACGUUUGUAUCGACUGCGAUGAAGAACCAAUGGAAGAGGAUGCAGCUUCUGAUGAAAUUUCAUCCGCAGCAGCUGCGGCUCGUAGUUGCGGGGACACUGAAUCUGUCAUACAAUUAAACAGCAAUGAGACGUGGUUGGACUUGGAAAGUUUGCGGCGCGUUAAAAAGAAGUUAUUUGCUUUGAAUAAUACGAGCAUACGUGAUGCGUUGAAUAUCAACAUAAUCUUGCUGGCCGAGAGCAUACGCUAUGGGCGUGAGACUGCCUGUGAAAAGGUGAUACACUGUCUGGUCAUUUGUUUCGACAUGGUUACAAAUACAUUCAACAGUUUUGAGGACUUGGAGUAUUUGGAGCGUUCGCUGCCCAAGCUUUGUCAUGCUUGUCGCAUGCUAUCAGUAGCGGGACAAGCGCGUUUAGCCCUCAUCUGGGCCGCGCAUUGUAAAGAUCAAAUGCAAUCGCUGGUACAGUCUUGCCAACAGUUGAUCACAUUACAAGUAAUACAAGACGAGGACACAGUACAGGAGAAUUCUGAUGUAUUUGCGGUGACACGCGUUCUCAAGAUUGUUUUCUACGCAAACAUCUUAGCUGGAGAAUUGGACACCAGCUCCAUCAAUGCUCACAGGCAAUCGGGUAAUGCAGCCGAUGCUGAUGCCUCUUCAAACACGGAUACCACCAACGAUGAUGAUGACAUAUUUUUCUAUACUCAAGUACCUAAACCGCAUUAUCCGAAAUUCGCGGAAGACAAACUAGAGAAAGAGUUGGGUUUAUCGAGCAUGGACUGUCGUGUGCCGUUGGUGCCAUUUGAAGAGUUCUACAAUGAGCCGCUGAGCGAUGCAAUACAAAUGGAUCGCGAUUACUUAUCUUAUAGAAAUUUGUCGCUGAAUCCCAGUGAUUUGCAUUUCUCCUUCAUGCUGUAUUCAUUCAUAUUAACACCCGCGACCAAGGUCAUUGCACUUUACUACGAUAGUCGCAUACGCAUGUACAGUGAACGAAAUUCCUCGUUGUAUUCACUACUGAAUUCAUUUUCCGAUGGAAAUGAGGUUGGUGCAAGGCCUGAUUUAAAGCUGAAAGUGCGACGUGAAAAUAUAAUCGAUGAUGCGCUCAUUGGGCUUGAACUGGUUGCUAUGAGUAAUCCAAAAGACUUAAAAAAGCAGUUAGUGGUUGAGUUCGUUGGCGAACAAGGUAUUGACGAAGGUGGUGUAUCCAAAGAAUUUUUCCAGCUGAUUGUCGAAGAGAUUUUCAAUCCGGACUAUGGCAUGUUUGUGCAUCAGGAAGAUACCAAUACUGUGUGGUUCAACUCCGCGCCAUUCGAAAAUGAGGCACAGUUCACGCUGAUCGGCAUUAUUUUAGGUUUAGCUAUUUACAAUAACAUCAUUCUGGCUGUGAAUUUCCCUAUGGUCGUCUAUCGCAAAUUAAUGGGUGGUGUUGGUACAUUUUAUGAUCUAAAAUAUUGGAAUCCGACAUUGUAUCGAAGUUUGAAAUCGAUGCUCGACUAUCAGGACGCCGAUAUGGAAGAAGUUUUCAUGCAAACAUUUAAAAUUAGCUACAAUGAUGUUUUCGGCGACGUAGUCGAACAUGAAUUGAAACCCGGUGGCGGUGAUAUAGUUGUUGGCCAACAUAAUAAACAAGAAUUCGUUGAUAUGUAUAGCGAAUAUUUGCUCAAUAAAAGCAUUGAACGACAAUUUAAGGCUUUCAAAAAAGGUUUCGAAAUGGUAACAGAUGAGUCGCCACUAAAAUUACUCUUUCGUCCUGAGGAAAUUGAGCUGCUGGUCUGCGGUAGUAGAAAAUUUGACUUUGUUGAACUGGAAAAAUCCACCGAAUAUGAGGGUGGUUACACUAAGGACUCGCAAGUAAUCAAAGACUUUUGGAGCGUUGUACACUCCAUGCCAGAGGAGUCAAAACGUAAAUUGCUCGAAUUCACCACUGGUUCGGAUCGCGUGCCUGUUGGCGGAUUAAGUCGCCUCAAGCUGCUUAUCACACGGCACGGUCCCGACAGCGAUCGUUUGCCCACCUCGCACACGUGCUUUAAUGUGUUAUUGCUGCCAGAGUACAGCAGUCGAGACAAGUUGGAGGAACGUCUGCUAAAAGCGAUUAAUUACUCAAAAGGAUUUGGCAUGUUGUAAGAAGCUGUUUUGUCAUUCAAAUUUCCAUAUCUAUGAGCAUUGAAAGGUAGCAAAUGGAGAAAUACAUAGCCGAAAAGAGAGCGAAAUAUAUGCGCAACGCAAUCGCAACGAGUGCUGGUCUUAAUAAAAUUUUCCUUUUUACAUUCUCGUUAAUUUGUUUGAUAUUUCUUUUUGAGCAUGUGUUUAACAAUCAACUGAUUUAUGAUGCCAACAACAGCUGCAGAAGACUUGUCUUUAUUUUAAGUAUAUUUUUUAAGAACAUACAACAAACGUACGAAUACAUGCAUACAUGUAUACAAAAAAGACAUGUCUUUGGAUAAAGCAAGUAGAGAAAUACUACUAACAAAUCCUGAAGCUUCCUAACUAUUAUGUAUGUAUAAGCGCUGAUACAAAGAGGCGCUGAACAUUUAAUUUAUGAGUUUUUUUUUUGGCAUUUUUUGAGCAUACACUUUCCUUUCGCGUUCAGUUAUACACAUAAGGAAUUAAAUUUAUUUUUCGUUAUUUACAUUGAAUACACCAGACAGGAUAUACAAGUAUAAUUUAAAAUACAUAAAACAAAAACAAACUCGAGUGCCACCAAUACCAAUGCACUCACUACUACGAAAAAUCGUAAAAACCACAAGAACAACAACGUUUAAUUUCGUUUGUAUAUGUAUAUAUAAAAGAAAGUUAUUUUUUAAAUCGA